AUGUCCUUUGUUAUCAGCUCUGGCAGAAGGAGUAGAGCUAAGAAAAGACCACCUAGGGUCUGGUAUGAUGAGGACAGGAUGCAUCCAGAACAACAAUUCCAGCUGAAGCUCUGUUUCAAAGAUGUUUACCAAUUCAGAGAGGCCCUUGUCAAUUUGCAUGUGAAACAACUUAGAAGAUACAAAUAUCACAGAAACUGCAGUGAUAGGAUAAUAGUUUGCUGUGAUGGAGAUGGUUGUCUGUUCUACAUGGUAGCAGCACAGAUAAGAAAUGAGCCCACUUUCUGCAUUAAGAAGAUGAGGUUGGAGCACACAUGUCCCACCCAGUCUGAGAAAACUAGGAUUAGUUCAAGGUGGCUUGGCAACAAAAUGCUUGAAACUAUCAGAUCAGAUCCCAACACUACUGUAGCUGCUAUUGUUGACAAGGCAAAGAGGCAAUUUGGGCUUGAGAUUCCUAGGAUGAUGGCAUGGAGGGCUAAGAAGAAAGCAAAGGAGAUUGUGCUUGGUGAUCAAAAGAAGCAAUAUAAGAGGCUGAGAGACUAUUUGGAGACUGUGAAGCUUACAAAUCCUGGAUCUAGGUGCAUUGUCACUACUGUUAGUGGCAAAACCAGAGAAAAUCCUAUUGCUGGACCAAUGUUCCAUGGUCUAUUUUUCAGUUUGAAUGCAUGUUGUGAGGGCUUCUUGAAUGGAUGUAGGCCAUUCAUAGGUCUAGAUGGCUGCUUCAUCAAAUUGACAAGUGGUGCACAGAUACUAGCAGCUACUGGAAGGGAUGCAAACAACAAUAUGUACCCCAUUGCAUUUGGAGUGGUUGGAGUUGAAGAUACAGUGAACUGGUCCUGGUUCUUGACAGAACUCAAGUAUGCUCUAGGAGGAAGUGAAGAGGGCAAAUUUGGAAAGUACACAUUCAUGUCUGAUAGACAGAAGGGUCUACUCAAUGCAGUGACAGCAGUAUUCCCAAACUGCCAUCAUAGGUACUGUUUGAGGCACAUCUAUGCAAACUUCCAGAGAGUAGGAUUUGGAGGAGAGGAUUUGAAGAGAUGCAUGGAUGCAGCUGCUUAUGCUUACACUGAACAUGACUUUAAUUUGGCUAUGGAAAGCAUGAAGGCUGAGUGCACUGCUGCUUGGGAGUGGAUGUCAAGAAUUCCUCGUAAAGCUUCGUCUAGGCAUGCAAUGGACACUAAUUGCAAAACUGAUUUGGUGGUGAAUAACUUAAGUGAAGUUUUUAAUAAGUACAUUCUAGAUGUAAGGAACAAGCCAAUUGUCACAAUGAUCAAUGGGAUCAAGGACAAUUUUCUAGUGAGGUUCCACCAGAAGAGAGAGGGUGGAAAAUGUGCUAGAUGGGAGAUUGCACCAACCUAUGCAGAGAUGUUGGAGAUGAACAAGAAGUAUGCAAGGGAUUGCAAAGCACUGAUAGCUGGCCAAGGACUUUUCCAAGUCACUAGAGGAGACAAGACCUAUGGUGUUGACACAAACCUACAGAUAUGUGGGUGCAAGAAAUGGGACAUCACUGGAGUUCCUUGCAACCAUGCUUGUUCUGCCAUCUAUAGGUCUAAACAGCUGCCAGAGGAUCAUAUCAAUGUGUUUUUCAAGAAAUCUAUGUACUUGGAGGCACAUAAGCCAGUAAUUUACCCUGUUCCUGGUCCAGAUAGCUGGGUGAAAACUCCAACACCUGACAUUGAACCACCACAAUUCAAAGAUGACAAGAACGGGCCAGCAGAAGAGAAAAGGAAAAAAAGGAAAGUUUGA